CAUAUGGGAUUAUUGAUUUCUAAGACUGAAUCAUGGGAAAGAUUACACUAGAUUUCCCUCUGGGGCUGAGCAUUUUUGUAGUUCUACUGAAGUCCUGGCAGCUGUUAUCUGUUUCAGUUUUUCUUAUUUGGCUAAUUGACGAUUUUUGUACUAACCGGCAUUUAAGUUUAAUCUUAUAACUGCAAAUGAGAUUCAUUUUCCUGGCAAGUACUCUAUGGGUGUUGUUGUCAUGCCAGUAAACCCACACAAGUCAUCUGAAGCUACUCAAUAUGAUGGGAGGUCAUUAGAACGAGCCCAAGGGGAUGGGAAACAGCAUGUCACAGAAGGAGCUGCCUCUCCUUAUGCAUCUGGCCAGCCAAGAGCCGAAGGGUUUUCUUCUGAAUUUCCUGCUAUAAGGCCAGGUACUGCUGCAGAUUUGAAGUUUGGUGGUUGCGGGUCCUACCCAAAUCUACCAUGGGUUUCGACAACCGGCGCAAAUGAUAGGACAAUAUCAGGUGUUACUUACAGAUAUAGUGCAACCCAAAUCCGGAUUGUUUGUGCUUGCCAUGGGUUGCACAUGUCCCCUGAAGAGUUUGUUGUGCAUGCUGGUGAAGCGGCAACAAAUCCAGAAUCUGGCAAUGGUUUAGCGUCUUUUUCGAGUGGCAACACUGCUGCCUCUGCUCAAAUCUGAUUCUUGUGUAAAAUCCCAGGUGAAAGACUGACUUUUUCUUUCAGCUAGGCCAAUAAUUUUUGCAAUCUGAUGCAAUAAGGAAGUCUUUGGUUUUUGCACAAUAAAUGUGAUAUUCCUCCUCACUUAUCUCACCAUACAUGCUUAGAUAUCAAAUUCUCCUUUUGUAAGUUGUCUUAGCUGUUGCAAUAAUUGUUUGUAAUGACUUUACUGGAUCAUUUGUUUGGCUGACAAAUGUAUAAUAUAUCUAUUUGCUGCAGUAGGUUCUAUUUGAUUGAUAUC